AAGAGUGGUAACAAAACAAAACCCCAAAAAACUCACAAGUCUAGAGAUUCUGGUGUUGAUCUAGCUCGCGCCCUCCUUCUCCGGUAGUACAAUCUCCGUCGCCGAUAACAUCAGCAAGGGAAGAGUUUUGAGAGAUGGCAUCGAAGUUGCUACAAUUGAAAUCCAAGGCCUGUGAAGCAUCGAAGUUUGUGUCGAAGCACGGCACAACUUACUACAAACAGUUGCUGGAGAAGAACAAGCAGUAUAUCCAGGAGCCAGCCACUGUAGAGAAAUGCAAUGAGUUGUCUAAGCAGCUUCUCUACACUCGACUUGCUAGUAUUCCUGGGCGUUCUGAGUCAUUUUGGAAGGAAGUCGAUCACGUGAAGGGCUUAUGGAAAAAUCGAGCAGAUUUGAAGGUUGAAGAUGCUGGAAUUGCUGCACUUUUUGGUUUGGAAUGCUUUGCGUGGUACUGUGCUGGAGAGAUCGUAGGAAGGGGCUUCACUUUCACCGGCUACUACCCUUGAAGAAAGAAAGCAAACCCGUCAUAAACAAACAUGCGUUUUUAAAACCAUUGAAUGCCGAAAAGCCUUUUAUAUCAUAACUAGCGGCUUAUUAUCUAUCUCACGGCUCACAUUAGAAGCAAAGUUAAUUUCUUUUUCUCUGGAUAAUGAAUACGCAAAAGUUUUGAAGCUGAGGCAUCAUCACUCAUGGUAGCUCUAAUAAUAUCAGUUGACUACAUGUUGGCGUUUGU